AGCGCCAGCGCCGGGCUGACCCCAGAAGCGGUGGUGCGCUGUGCCUCUGGUCCCUGGGGGCGCUGAGAGACCCUGCAGGGAGUGACAGUGUGGCGACCGGCUCCGGGAGGUGGGCCUUUGCAGCUCAGGACUGCCAGAACCUGGUACUCCAAGAGAAGCGGGACCUUGGCUGGCGCUCUCCUUCCAGUCCGACCGAGCUGCCUGCUGCGGGACGCUUGCUUGGGACCGGCCGUCAGUGCCAGGUGAAUAUCUCAGAAAAUAUGGCCCAUGUGAGGGACUAUAAAUGGACCCAUUUCCUUCCCUUUCUGGUGGUGUCUCUGAUGUACCCAGCCAGAGCUGAGUAUUCAAACUGUGGAGAGAAUGAGUAUUACAACCAGACCACAGGGCUGUGCCAUGACUGCCCCCAGUGUGAGCCUGGAGAAGAACCAUAUAUGACCUGCGGCUAUGGCACCAAAGAUGAUGACUAUGGCUGUGUCCCCUGCCCCUCGGAGAAGUUCUCCAAAGGAGGCUACCAGAUAUGCAGGCGUCACAGGGACUGUGAAGGCUUCUUUCGAGCCACUGUCUUGACUCCGGGUGACAUGGAGAAUGAUGCAGAAUGUGGGCCGUGUCUCCCUGGUUAUUACAUGCUGGAAAACAGACCAAGGAAUAUCUAUGGAAUGGUUUGCUACUCCUGCUUACUGGCACCUCCAAACACCAAAGAAUGUGUGGGAGCCACCUCUGGAGUUUCCGCCAGUCUCCCAGGUACCUCUGGCACCAGCACCAGCUCUCCUUUCCAGCAUGCACAUAAAGCAGAUCUCUCAGGACAAGGGCAUCUGGCCACUGCCCUGAUUAUUGCUAUGUCCACCAUCUUCAUCAUGGCUAUUGCCAUUGUCCUCAUCAUCAUGUUUUACAUCAUGAAGACAAAGCCUUCUGCCCAAGCCUGCUGCACCAGCCAUUCCGUGAAGACUGUGGAAGCUCAAGUCAGCAAACAAGAAGAGAAAAAAGAAGUUCAAGAAAACGUUGUGAUUUUUGCUGAGAAGGAUGAGUUUGAGAAGCUGACAGCAACACCAGCAAAGACUGCCAAGAGUGAGAACGAUGCCUCUUCUGAGAAUGAACAGCUUCUGAGUCGGAGUGUGGACAGUGAUGAAGAAGCUGCAGUUGACAAGCAAGGGUCCCCAGAGCUGUGCCUGCUAUCAUUAGUCCAUUUGACAAGGGAUAAAUCUUCCACAAACAACAAAUCAACUGGGAUUCAGAGUAGAAGAAAGAAGAUCCUUGACGUGUAUGCCAACGUGUGUGGGGUGGCAGAAGGUCUCAGCCCCACGGAAUUACCAUUUGACUGCCUAGAGAAGACAAGCAGGAUGCUCAGCUCCACCUACAACACUGAGAAGGCCAUCGUGAAAACAUGGCGCCACCUUGCUGAAAGCUUUGGAUUGAAGAGGGACGAGAUAGGGGGGAUGACAGAUGGCAUGCAGCUCUUUGACCGAAUCAGCACAGCAGGCUACAGCAUCCCAGAGCUCCUCACAAAACUCGUACAGAUCGAGCGGCUGGAUGCUGUCGAGUCUCUGUGCGCCGACAUUUUGGAGUGGGCUCAGGUCAUGCCAACACCUCAACCUCCUGUCACAACCUGAUGAGCAUCAUUAGGAACUGCCCCACUUUUUGUUGAGAUGUGACUUCGCUUCCUUCACCUGAGAACAGUGCAAGGGUGAUUGAGCUGGGAGACUUGGAACCAGCAGUAGUGGCUACUCACAGGCUUCCUAAAAAUUAAGGCUUUUCUCACAUGUCACUAGGUCAUAGCUUAGGCUGUUCUGAGGAGCAAGGGGGAAGCCAAAGACAAAGCUAGUGAUGUAUCGGCUGGGGAAUACUAAGCCAAACACCGUACCUCAGGAGGAUGAAUGGAUGAACACAUUCAUUCAACGACCAUUAUUACUUAGCACCUACUAUGUUUUUUAUAGCACUGUGCUGGGCACUAUGGGAAGAUGUAAAGAUGUAUAAAAGAUGGUCUCUGCUCUCAAAGGGCUUACAAUCUAGUUGAGGAGAUGAAAUAUACACAAUGGCAACACCAAGUGAUUCAGUAGUCAUGCUGUUGGAGUUGAGAAGAGGAAGAGAGUACUUCUGUCUGACAGGUAAUCCAGGAAGGCUUCAUAGCAGAGGUGCUCUUUAUGGGAAGUUUUGCCAAAUGGUCAUAAUGAACGCACACUUCUCUCUAUGCAUCUUUUCAUUUCCUAGCGUCAGUUCAGAUUGGUCUGUUAAUAUCCCAUCUGGCUUUGCAGGGAAACAGUUUAAUUACACUUGAGCCUACAUAUUUCCCGUGCCUCUCUCCCAUCAAUAAUUUAGUGCUCUCUGUGACUUACUUUGUAAAACAGAUACACAAAGCCAAUCUCAGUAGAUGUAAGUGGUCACUAGUUUCAUUGCUUCCUCGUAUCACAGAUCUGUUCAGAGUAGCAAAGAGUAUCUUAUUGCAGAUUAAUCACUUUGUAUUUUCAUAAGUAGCCCAAUUUAGAGAUGUCAAAUUCAGGCAUCAAAAGCGACCUAAUCUAUGCUCCUCAGUGGUCUAUAUGAAAAAUGAGGGCCAGAGAGGUUAAGAAUCUACAAAGUGACAUAGCUAGUUAAGAGUCCAAGCAAGGUCUUAAAUUGAAGGCACCAGAUAACUUAGUCCAAGGCUCUUUUCCUUUAUUUUAUUUAUUUAUUUUUUUAAAGACUGGGUCUCCUCAUCUUGCCCAGGCUGGAAGUACAGGGGUUACCCACAGGCCUGAUUCUACUCCUGAUCAGCAGGGGAGCUUUGCCCUACUCCAUUUACAACCUGCUCCAGUUUGCCCCUCAAUAGGGAACUUGGUGGCCCUCUCCUUGUUGGGGCUCAUGGUGCACACUCUAUUGGCUCAGCCCCACUGUCCCUUGGAACUCCCCAGCCUCAGCAUGUGCCUCCAUGCCCAUCUCUUUCCAGCUGAAUUUUACUUUGGGCAGAAAAAUGCCCAAGGACCAGUAAGCAGCUGGUAUCACUCUUUAAAGGGGGAGAUAUGAUAGCUUACUGAUUAAGGGUUCUGUCAGGCACAAAGACCAUCUAAUGUUUCAUGGAGGAACAUCCCAUUAAGAGAGUUUCAUCCUCCAAUAUUCCUUCUCUGUAGAACCAAUCAGGAAAAGGCAACACUGAAAUUCAUUGGAAGGUAGCCAGUUCAAGAACCGUAUCAGGAACCUAGAAACCUACAUCAUAGCUUUAGCUACCCCUCCCCAUAUCUAGUUAUGGAGUAACUUCACCUCUCUAGGCCUCAGUUUCCCCAUCUAUAAUAGGGUUGUGCUCACUGAUUUAUAAGAUUGCUUCUAGCCCUGGAAUUCCAUGAUUCUAUCAUCAACAAAGUUGAAGCUCAUCAGACCCCAAUGAAGAUGGAGACUUAGGAAAACAACAGUGUUGAAAAAGCGGCACAUGGAAACCACAUGGAUUUGAAAUGCAAAAUAGGAACCAAGGCCAUAAAGACUUAGUUUUGAAGUUUUCCACGGCAACUGUCUGCCAUAACAUUUAGAGAUAAAGUUAGCAAAGUGACAUUGUUCUUGGCAGGGUGGUUUUCCCAAACCUGUAAUUGCAAAGAGAGCGGCAGCCAGCCCCAGUUAUCACCCCAGUGGGUUAAUUUACAGUUCAUUGCUGACAUGCUGUAAUGGCAGGUUUCACUAGAGCUAUUCCUAAAUUAAAACAAAUUCCGUAGCUUACAAAGUAAUAUUUUUUAAAUUACAAGUUGCAUGACUGAGCAAUUGCUUCGGGGUGGGGGAGGUUGGGCAGGCAGGGAGGAGGGGAAUCGGUUGUCUGCUUGAAGCUUACAACUAAAUUUCUACUGUUGCAAAAGUAGAACAUACUGUGAUAGGAUCAUAAUUAGGUCCUGAAUAUUUAAUAUCACCAUUUACAGUCUCUGUUUGCUGCUGUUUUCAGAACCUAUUUUGUAUAUCCUGUGAGCUACAUACUCUGAGGUGAAACUUAAUUAUCCUUUUUAAUUUCUCUUUGAAAUCCUACCGUGCACCCUCUUCACCUUCUUCCCCCUGCUUUGUGCUAAUGAUGAUAAAAGCCUCUCCCUUAAUUAGAUGGCAAAUGCCAUAUGUGAUGAGCACCCUUUUCUCCAAGAGCAGUUUGUUGUUUGUUUCUUUUAAAAAUUAGUUUCAAUUGAGAAGAGAAGGCAAAACUGCUAUUUCUGUCUUCGGGCAUUUGGCCAAGUCUAGUGAGCAUAUUCUGCAGGCAUAGUUUUGGCCUGAAUCUUGCCAUCUUCCAUCUCGUGGCCAUAGGCCAUUGACUCAUCCAAAGGUAGAAACACUUUAAAUGGCAUAUACCGAUGGAGCUUUGAUGGAUAGCUGGCUUUCAGAAUCAGCUGGGCUACCAUGAUAAGUGCACCAUUGGCUACCCUUGUCAAUUUCCAGGGAGAUAGCCAUAAUUUUAUUAUUGCUAAAACACACAGGAGAGGAAGCACAACAUGGUGGAUAAAGUAAGACCUAGGUUUAAGACCUGCCUCUGACACAUACUAGCUGUAUAAACAUGGGCAAAUCCUUCAACCUCCCAGUAAUCUCAAGCAACUCUUUAAAACUAUACAUUAUAGACAAGUUGUCAAUCUGCAUUAGUGCAAGGAAUUUCCAUGCCGGGAGCAACCAACACUGAGGAAAUUGUAGGUUUGGACUAAAAGAGAGAGAGAGGAGAGGGAACCAAACCAGGAUAUGCCUGUGUCAGUGAAGUCUUAAUUGCUAAUAAUUUUGUCUGACUCUGUAUAUAUAACUUAUUAUAUUGUACAAUCUAAAUACAUAAAGAAGCUAAAAAAGA